CGCGCGACGCGCUGCCCCGGCCGCGACCGCCAUGCAGGGGCCCGGUGCUAGCGGCGGCAGCGGGUGCCGGCCUCCCACACUAGUAAGGCAAGAAUCAGCAACAAGUUGUGGUAGCCAAAGACGAGUGAGCAUCACAACCCCAACACCAACCUGCAGAAGACAAUCCAUGACCACCAAUGUCAGAGCAGUGGAUAGCAGAAGUGUCCUGCAGGUGUUUGGUGAUGGAGGGAAGGAUGUGACACCUCAUCCACUCUUCGCUUCAGAUUCAAGCACUGCUGUAGCCAGGCAGUGCAAGCUUCUAGCACCCAACACCUGCCCUGGGGCUGCAGGAUCCAGUCUUCUCUCUUUCUUUUCCACAAUUCAGACAGCAGAAGUGAAUGCUACUGAAGGGUCCUUCUCAAGGACACAUGGAAGCAGCAGAUCAUCUGUACCAAAUGCACUGACAGCUGUGUCCAUACUGGAUGACACACCAGAACCUGGCUCAGGAGUAGACACAACUGACAUGCAGGUGAGGCAAGAGGAGAUUAAAGAACAACUGACAGAAGAAGACUUAGACAGGAGAGUGAAUCUUUUCCUCACAGAGACAGAAACCCUCUGGAUAUUGGAGAAGCCAUCAGUUGUGGUGUCUACAGAAUCAGAAGAUGCUGCCCGAGUCCAGGAGCGGAACAGGCUCUAUGUUGACAUCUGCAAAGCCAGGCCUGGUAACGAUCGCUUCGUAGCUAAAGCCAUGCAGACCCUGGACCCAGCUGCAAAACACAAGGAAGCCCAGUGUGACAGAAUCAUCCUGGAAGACAAAGGGGUGAUGGCCACCUCGUGGGACUUGUAUGAGUCAUUGAAUAUACCAGAAACAGACCCUAGGUCAAGAGCAGAAGGUAGCAGAGCCACAACUGGGAGAAGCAGCAAAUCUCACCUAGCUGAAGAGCACCAUCAGCCUACACCUGCAUCUUCUGACAGAGGUUGCGAAACGUCUUCUACAGCAAUGCUGGCAAGUGCCAGAAGCCACAAACACCAGAAACACCAUUCAGAAGCUAUUUUGACAGCAGAAAGCUUCCAGCAAGAUUUGGUUUUCGUGGAGAGGAUUCUAAUGGAGAACAUUUUCCAGCCCAAACUUGCAGCUUAUCGUCAGCUUCCUGUCUUUAGAGAUUCUGAUGUUACAAAUGACACAAUAGCAGCUGUGAAAGGAGCUGACCAGGAAGACCAUGGUGAGGAAAAGAAGGAUGAGGAAGAGGAAAUGUUCACUGACCCAACAGUUCUGUCAGAUCUGAAGAGAAACCCAGAAGAAAUUGAUCCUCCCAGCCUGGAAUGGCUGUGGUCAUAUACCUGUGGUUUAACUAAUGGUCACAGUGUGAGCAGCAUGGCUUGGAGCAAAGGAAACCCAGACCUUUUAGCUGUUGGUUACGGAGCCCUUGGUUUCAAGGAGCAGAAGAAAGGCUUGGCUUGCUGCUGGUCACUAAAGAACCCCAUGUGGCCAGAGCGCAUUUUCUGGUGUGAACACGGGGUUACUGCGUUGGAUUUCUCCAUGGCCUGCCCAAACCUUUUAGCAGUCGGAAUGUACGACGGUUCCGUUGCAGUCUUCAAUGUGCAGAGCUGUGACAGCUCCGCGCUUCUGGACAGCAGUGACUCCAUGAAUCACCAUACAGGUCCUGUAUGGCAGCUGAGGUGGGUGGAACAGGACAGAGGUGCACAAAGUGGUGGCAAAAAGGAGAGACUACUCUCUGUGUCAGCAGAUGGCCGAAUCACUGAGUGGCAUCUACAGCCCAGACUGGAUUGCACUGAUGUGAUGAAAAUAAAACGAACAGAAGGAGAGAGGAAAAGAUUCCCAGGUGAGAAAGAAAGGAAAAGCAAAGCUCUGUUAUCUCAAGAGGCACCUGGGAUGUGCUUUGACUUCCAUCCAAAGGAUACCAAUGUUUAUCUUGCUGGGACGGAAGAGGGUUACAUCCACCUGUGUUCUUGUUCCUGCAAUGACUGGUUCCUAAAGACAUACAGAGGCCAUAAGGCUCCUGUGUACAAAGUCACUUGGAAUCCCUUCAGCACUGACAUGUUCCUCAGCUGCUCUGCUGACUGGAGAAUUAUUCUGUGGCACCAGGAUUCCCAAGCACCCAUUUUAAGGUUCCGUUCCACCGCUGUUGUUGUUCAUGACAUCAUCUGGUCUCCCACAUCGGAGUUCGUCUUUGCAGCAGCACACGAAAGCCGAGCAGAACUCUGGGACCUUCGUGUCAGCAUCUCAGACCCCACCACCUCCUGCUCGGCCAGCCCAGGAGCAACAUUCACUUCAGUGCUCUUUGCCAGGAACACCAAUUGCCUCCUGGUAGGUGACAGCAAAGGAGAGGUCAGUGUGUUGGUGCUGCAGAACGUGGACGUGUCCAGCAGUAGCCAGGUUGGUACCUUACAUGACAUACUUGGUCCUGCUUUAGCUGUUUAAAAGCAGCUAAAUGAUACCCUUGCUCAGCUGGCCAGCAGCAAGAAGGAUUUUUGGUGGUAUUAAGAUAAACUCUUCACUAUUUUCCUAUCAUUAAAAUUUAUCUUUGAAA